AACACGUGCGUGCGGGGUGGAACCGGCAUGACGAUUUUCGAAUCCAAGGCAGGAAAUCUAUAAAGACUCAGGAUUGAAGGUAGCGACCCGAGUACUCCACCGACAGCGUACGUCACUGUCGCGAGAUAUUGAUCUCCGCAAGCUAGAGAAUCGUGCAACCAGUUGAGCACCGCGACCACCGUUCAACCCCUCCAACUUUGGAUCGUUUAGGGGCGUAUUCCUGGAAAGCCAAUCCGGCUGGCUCGAUCCGAACUCUCCCUUAGAGUUAGGCGAAGUCCCGCCUCCGGCACUCACCCUCCCUAGUCGGAAUCCUAGGCCGGUGGGUAGGGGAUGAUUUUCACUGUCGAUGCGGUGGCUGGCGUCAAAAAAGGCCGAGUGUCCGGGCCGGUGGCUCAUACGUACCGUGAUCUGUCAACGCGCGCUAGUCGUGUCACAACGAUUCUCUAAAGAAAACGCGAAAGAAGAUACAUACCGAGGAUGGUACCUAUCGUGAAACCUGGCCACUGUCGCUGUCGAGUGUCCGUCAGGAUGACCGGCAACGCGUACAGAGUCUUCUCUUGAGACCUAUUACCGCCUCGAAAAACGGGACAGGGUUGAAGGGGGUGGUAGAACCUGUUAAAGACGCUUGGCGUGAUCCUUUGUGACGUGAACUGUGUAACAAACUUUGACUAUUCUUCGGGUGAUUCGUUCGGUGAUUUCAAAUGAACUGAAGAAUUUUUCGUUAAAAGUGAUUCUGAGAGUUGAAGCGGACACAGCGAGGAACUGUAACUAAAAGAAGGGUUUCUUCACUAGUGUUUAAAAGUGAAAAGGGAGUGGAAUUGUUAAAACCGAGAGGAACCAUGUUGGAAUUCUACCCUCCGCUACCCGGUAGCUUGAAUCGGCAGGGCGAGUCGGGACCACCGACCAUGGGUUCCGCUGCUCCACCGAUUCCGUUCAGACCUGCCAAUGACAACAACAAUGCAGGGCAUCGGGCGGUAAUUUCAGAGCCGUCGGUCUCGGUGAAGACGGAGUCCGGCCUGCUGGAGACGAUGUGCGCCGGCUGCGGACGCACAAUAUCAGAUAAAUACGUGAUGCAAGUCGCUGGACGAAAUUACCACGAGGAGUGUUUGUCGUGCGCGGCCUGCGGCGCGCCCCUCACCCAGUCCUGUUUCAUCCGCGAGCUGAAGCUCUACUGCCGGACCGACUACGAGCGGAUCUUCAGCGUAAAGUGCGCCAGGUGUAUGGAGAAGAUCAGCUGCUCGGAUUUCGUGCUCAGGGCGCCCGGGCUGGUCUUCCACGUCGAGUGUUUUGCGUGUUGCAUGUGCGGUCAACCGUUGCCCCCCGGUGCGCAAUACUUUUUACGCCAGGGCCAGCCGAUCUGCCGGAGGGAUUACGAGCACGAGUUGUACCUGAACAGUCCACAGGACGAUGAUUUACUGGACGAGAAUCGACCUCGCGACGGCCGCAGGGGUCCGAAACGGCCGCGAACGAUCCUGACAUCGGCACAAAGACGUCAAUUCAAGGCGUCGUUUGAGGUAUCGCCGAAGCCUUGCCGGAAGGUUCGCGAGGCCCUGGCAAAGGAUACCGGGCUCAGCGUCCGAGUGGUUCAAGUCUGGUUCCAAAAUCAACGGGCGAAGAUGAAAAAGUUACAGAGGAAGGCGAAGACCGAGUCUGGAUCUGACAAGGAACCGAAAGAGGAACGUCGAGCUGAAAGUCCCCACAGCGAUCACAGUCAUUACUUGAACGCCAUGAACAUGCGCGACGGGGAAUCUUCUAGCUUCCCCUCGGCCACCCAGCCGCUCAACCCCAAUAACCCGUACUCGCCUGACGACGCGUAUCCGGGACAUUCAGGCGAAAGUUUCUGCAGCAGCGAUCUGUCGUUGGACGGGACGGAGGCUGGUUUCGACAUAGGCGAGAGCGAAGGCGGCGGCGGUCAGGACAGCGGCCACCAGAGCAGCAGCCACCCUCAUCAUGGCUCCGCGUCCCAUGAGGCACCCUCGUUAUCGCAAAGUUUACACGCAGCGAUUCACAACCCUAUCGACAAACUGUUCAUGAUGCAAAGUAGUUACUUCAGUGGUGACCACGCGUAAUCCGUGCGAACCUAUGAGGAGGCUCGAGACAGACAAGGAAGGCAAAGGAAACAUGAAGUACUCGAACGUCGUACAGCAUUGCUAUUUGGUGAUUCUUUUAUGUUCGUUUUUUUAUUUCAUUCUUAAUUGAUGUGCGAUUAUAAAUAACGUAGUGAAGUUGAUAACUCUGUGAUACCUUUUGUUCCAUUAAUUUCAAAUCAAGUUUUAUGUAAUUGAGUAGCAUUAUUACUUAUAUUCAUUAUCUUGUUAUCAAUUUAUUUUGUCAAUACUUAUCUUGUGAUCGACAAUUGAAAGAAAAUGCUGUACGACAGGCUUCCUAUAUGUAUAAUUAAUAUCACUGCACCAAUUCCCAGAGCGACUGUUUGAUUGAACGAGAAAGAAAGAUAGUGGUACUAAAAUCUAAACGGAAAGGACAUUUGAGCGUGCGAAACGAUCGCGGUUCGGAUUUAAUAUUAAAUUAAACGAUAAUGUAACCCCUCGGUUUCCACGUAUAAAAGCAUAUAUUUAAACAUCGACGUACCUUAUAUCUGUCCCGACAGAUUGUUGUUAACAAGAGAAAAAAAAAUGUGAUUCGUCGAUUCCGUGGUUCUUCUACGCGAUAUAUUGAAAAUACUGGAGUGCGGAUUUUUAUGCGUAUUUAAAAAAUAGAGAUACUUCAACAAUUAAGUACAGAAUUAACGAGAUACAUAAAGAUGUUCGAACUACGUAUAUGAAAUGUCACUUGGUUUCUCAAGUUGAACUUUUUGGUUGAAGAUUGUGUAUCACGUAUUAUUUCAUGCCAUGCUAUAAUACACAUCCAUCAUUUUUUUCACAAAAAUCCGCAAUUUGGUAAUCUGGUUGACUCUUCCUGAGCGAAAGUGAUUGAAAAGGUUUUGUGUAUUCGAGAACAGCUUAUUCCGAGAACAGAUGAAGAAGUAUUGUACAUGGAUUCAGAAAGGGUUGACUCGCAAAUGGGCUGAGUUACAGGAGAAGUAAUAGCGGACUCGACAAGAAGCAUUUAUUAGGAACGGUACGAGUUAGUGAAAAUUACAAUACAUUGUAUAAAAAACAAA